AUGGUCCCUUUGAUCUUUGUCCUCUUACUCCUGCAGGCACCCCUCCCGGCGUGCUCCUUUAACAAGUCUGACUGCUUUCAUAGAAUGAACUCCAGUGUGUACGAGGAUGGAGAUGUGGUGGUUGCUGGCUUCUUCCCCCUGUACACUUUGCUCUUAGAGAGCAGAAGCAGUGGUCCCAGCAAGCACGUCAUACACACACAGUUUAAGCCAAGGAACUACCAGCUGGUGCUGGCCUUGGUGUUUGCCAUCGAGGAGAUCAACAGGAAUGUGCACCUGCUGCCCAACGUGUCUCUGGGGUUUGAUCUCUACAACGUCCUGUUUAGCGAAUGGAACACACUGGAGAGCGCCUUCCUUUGGCUGUCGGGAACAGACAAGAAAGUCCCUAAUUACACCUGCAGGAGAGACCGCAAGUCGGUGGCAGUGCUCACAGGAAUAUCGUGGGCAACCUCUGCCCAGAUGGGGACACUGCUGCAGCUCUACAAGUUCCCACAGUUGAGGCUCACCUUUGGGCCUUUUGAACCCAUCCUGAGUGACCCUGGCCAGUUUCCUUCUCUCUAUCAGAUGGCUCCCAAGGACACAUCUCUGGCCCUUGGCAUGGUGUCCUUGAUGGUUCAUUUCAGCUGGAACUGGGUGGGGCUGGUGACCUCAGAAGAUGAGAAAGGCAUUCAAUUUCUCUCAGACUUGAGAGGGGAGAUGGGCAGGAACGGAGUCUGUGCAGCCUUUGUGGAAAUGAUCCCAGUUGGUGCCAUGUCCUACUUCCCAAAAGCCUGGUUAAAUCAUCACCAGUUCAUGACAUCGUCAGCUAACGUAAUAAUCAUUUAUGGUGACAGUGACUUUCUUAGAAGCUUAAUGUUUAAUAUACGGCAAACUUUAAUGACAUGGAAAGUCUUGGUCACAAACUCACAAUGGGAUGUUACCAUUGAUGGGAGACAUUUCAUGUUAGACUCAUUGCACGGGACUCUCAUUUUCUCACACCAUCAUGGGGACUUUUCUGGGUUCACAAAUUUUAUCAGCAUAGUUAACCCUUCCAAAUAUCCAAAAGACUUUUACCUUGCUAGGCUGUGGUAUUUCUCUUUUGAUUGCUCAUUCUCUGAGUUGGACUGCAGAACACUGGAGAACUGUCCACUGAAUGCCUCCUUGGAAUGGUUACCUGGGCAUCUUUUUGACACGGUCAUGACUGAAGAGAGUUACAGUGUUUACACUGCUGUGUAUGCCGUGGCCCACAGCCUGCAGGAGAUGCUUCUUCAGCAUGCAGAAAUGCCGACAAGGGGAAACGGGGAAGAUGUGUUUUCCGCCUGGCAGCUGCAGCCCUUCCUGAGGAACAUCCGGUUUGCAAUCCCUGCUGGAGACCAAGUGAUUUUGGAUGAGAAAAAGAAAUUGGAAGCAGAGUAUGACAUCCUCAAUUUCUGGAACUUUCCAGAAGGUCUUGGGCAUAAGGUGAAAGUUGGGAAGUUUUCCCCAUCUGCUCCAUGUGGCCAACAGUUGUCCUUAUCAGAAGACAUGAUAGAGUGGGCCACAGGGAUUAGGAAGACUCCCCACUCAGUCUGCAGUGAGAGCUGUGAUCCUGGACUCAGGAAGUCCCCCCAGGAGGGAAAGCCUGCCUGUUGCUUCGACUGCACCCCCUGCCCAGAGGAUGAGAUUUCCAACCAGACAGACAUGGACCAGUGUGUGAAGUGUCCAGAUCACCAGUAUGCCAACACAGAGAGAAAUCACUGUCUCCAAAGAACUGUGACCUUCCUGGCUUAUCAAGAUCCCCUGGGCAUGGCACUGGCCUGCACGGCUCUCUGCCUCUCUGCACUCACAGCUGCUGUACUUGGGGUCUUCCUGAGGCACCAACACACUCCCAUAGUCAAGGCAAACAACCGGACUCUCAGCUACAUCCUGCUCAUCUCCCUCACCUUCUGUUUCCUCUGCUCCCUGCUCUUCAUUGGCCGUCCCAACACAGCCACCUGCACCCUCCAACCAAUAGCAUUUGAGCUGGUGUUCACUGUUGCAGUUUCCACCGUCUUGGCCAAAACUCUCACUGUGAUCCUGGCCUUCAAGGUCACUGCCCCAGGGAGAAGGAUGAGGCGGUUGCUGGUGUCAGGGGCACCUAACUACAUCAUUCCCAGCUGCUCCCUGAUCCAGCUGACUCUCUGUGGAGUCUGGCUGGGCACCUCUCCUCCCUUUGUGGACUCAGACACACACUCUGAACAUGGCCACAUCAUCAUCACCUGCAACAAGGGCUCAGUCACUGCCUUCUACUGUGGCCUGGGGUACCUGGGCUCCCUGGCCAUGGGGACCUUCACGGUGGCCUUCCUGGCCAGGAAACUACCUGACACCUUCAAUGAAGCCAAGUUCCUGACCUUCAGCAUGCUGGUGUUCUGCAGUGUCUGGCUCACCUUCCUCCCUGUGCACCACAGCACCAAGGGCAGGGUCAUGGUGGCCGUGGAGGUCUUCUCCAUCCUGGCCUCCAGCGCUGGGCUCCUGGGCUGCAUCUUUGCCCCCAAGUGCUAUGUUAUUUUAUUAAAGCCACAUAGUUGCUCCCUACGUGGGUUCAGAGAUAAAACUCAUUGUGAGAGUAAUAAGCCUUCUCGAGUUUUAACUCGUGUUUCCUACAGUUAA